AUGGAGCACAUGCGUUGGUGGUGGGUUGUAGGCGCACUCGUGAUGGUGACUCUCGCAGCUGGCGAGUCUUUGGACCAUGAAGAACAUGAAGUACUCGUUCGUAACGAACGAGAUGCCAAGAAUAGAGGGACUUGUCGUUACGUGAGGGGUGCCUGGUCGGAAUGUGACCCCAAAACUAACAUACGCUCCCGAACUCUCACUUUGAAGAAAGGCGACCCAGGCAACUGCGAACGUGCUAAGACCAUCCAGAAGAAAUGCAAGAAAGCUUGCCGUUAUGAGAAGUCGUCCUGGAGCGAGUGCAGCCCUAACGGAGAGAUGUCCCGGACGGACAUGUUGAAAGCCAAUAGUGACCCCACUUGUGACCAAAGCAGGCGCAUCACUAAAAAGUGCAACAAGAACAAACAAGUCAAAUCCACUAAAGAUAAGGGUCGCCGAAAUCGUCAG